CUCAUUUCUCAUCAUCAUGUCUGGAAGAGGCAAGGGAGGCAAAGGACUCGGUAAAGGAGGCGCUAAGCGUCACCGAAAAGUUCUCCGUGAUAACAUCCAGGGUAUUACCAAGCCCGCUAUCCGGCGUCUGGCUCGCCGUGGUGGAGUUAAACGUAUCUCCGGUCUGAUCUACGAGGAGACUCGCGGAGUGCUCAAGGUGUUCCUGGAGAAUGUUAUCCGUGACGCAGUCACCUACACCGAGCAUGCCAAGAGGAAGACCGUGACCGCCAUGGAUGUGGUUUAUGCUCUGAAGAGGCAGGGACGUACCCUGUACGGAUUCGGAGGUUAAAUACGACUUCCUUUCAAUCACCAAAGGCUCUUUUCAGGGCCACCCAAUCAUUACUAAUGAGCAUAAUAUUUCUUGUCAAAUCCAAGUGUGAACGAAACGUUUUUUUAAGACUUGUAACUUGAUUUUACACUGACUAACAGACAUAACCAACUGUUUGAUGGUGCAAGAUUUACUUGCGCCACUCAGUCAGAAUAAAGCCCCAGUCCAAAAAGCUGAACAUGGGUGAAACAUUAACAUUGAGGAAAAAAAAUCACGAGGUGCUACAUAAUAUAAGGUUACAGAAAUACAAGUGAGAAAUAAAACGCGAUUAGAGAAACGGAUCACCUGAAUAAUAAUUGGAACUCUCACUUAAGGAAACUGGUACUUGGAGCUCAGCCAAGCCCCAACAUUGCAGGUGAAAAAAUGAAGUCAACACAGAUAUGAAAUAAAUUGCAGUUCCACACUCAUCCACUAGGGGCUGGUAUCCGAAGCGAGCAAAUCCUCAUUGACUCCCAUGUUAAAAAUACCAAUUUCACAGCAGAAAUAAACAUGUUUACAGCCCG